ACGAAAACGUCACUUCGUCGCUAAACCGAACCAAGCUCCGCGAUUUCGUUGAUUUCUUUAUUGUUUUAGCUUUGCAGCACCGGCAUUGGCAUUUUAUCGCUUAUAAUAAGUAACAUCGACCUUUUCAACAGAACGGACAAUUUUAUUAACCAAAGUUACUAGACAAACCUUACAAAAUUGCUUCCACAAUGACAGUGACGCGGGUCGCGGAAUCCCGCACCGAAUUUAAACUGAAAAGUCUGCCCGAAGACGUGAUAUCGAGUGUUAAAUUUGCUCCUAAGUCCAACCAAUUUCUUCUGGUAUCAUCUUGGGACUGCUCCGUGAGGCUGUACGAUGUGAGCGGGAAUGUGGAGCGGCAUAAAUACAACCAUGAGCUUCCCGUGCUGGAUGUCUGCUUUAGGGAUGCUGUCCAUUCAUACAGUGGAGGGCUUGAUCAGACACUCAAGAUGUAUGACCUCAAUGCAGGCUCGGAAACAAGCCUCGGUGAGCACAAGGGCGCUAUCCGCUGUGUGGAGUAUGCAAAUGAAGUCAAUGCUGUCUUGACGGGGAGUUGGGACGGCACUGUUAAAAUGUGGGACAGCAGAGUACCAAAUUGUGUUGGAACAUAUAAUCAGGGAAAUGAGAGGGUAUACACCAUGAGCAUAGUUGGCGAGAAGUUUGUAGUGGGCACGUCCGGCCGCAAGAUCUUCGUCUGGGAUGUCCGCAACAUGGGGCACGUGAACCAGCGGCGUGAAUCCUCACUCAAGUACCAGACAAGGUGCAUCCGAGUGUUCCCUAACAAACAGGGAUACGUGCUGAGCUCUAUCGAGGGUCGCGUGGCGGUGGAAUAUCUGGACAGCAAUCCAGAGGUCCAGAAGAAGAAAUACGCCUUCAAGUGUCACCGGAUCAAGGACGGAGGUUUAGAAAAGAUUUACCCGGUGAACGCCAUCAGUUUCCACUCCGUGUACAACACAUUCGCGACGGGCGGCUCUGACGGCUAUGUCAACAUCUGGGACGGCUUCAACAAGAAGAGGCUCUGUCAAUUCCACAGGUACAACACCGCGGUAUCUUCCCUCUCGUUCUCGGCGGACGGGUCGGCGCUGGCCAUUGCGUGCUCGCAGCUCGACGAGUCGCAGCAGGAGGACCCCAAGCCCGAGGACACCAUCUACAUCCGAUACGUCACCGACCAGGAGACCAAGCCCAAAUGAGCACCGCUUAGUUCAAGCCCGACAGUCUGCGACUAGUUUACGACUUAACAUUGCAUGUUCGUGACUGUAUUGAUUUAAACACUCUAAGGGCCACUUUCACCAUCCCACUAAACCGGGGUUAAUCGGUUAAACCUGGAGUUACCAUGGUUACCAGUACAAUUUGACUUUGGGUUACGGUGUAACCGGUUAACUCCGGCACAAUAAAUAAUAGUACUAGGUACAGAAGACUCACUCUCUAAGAAAACGCGUCUGUUACGAUCAGCACAGAUAUGGCCGCUAGGUGGCGACAGCGCCACGCGCGGCUUAUGGCCUUCCCCAAAAUUGGUGUGGAACGGAUGUACUAUUAGCUACCUGUAGCAAAGCGUCGAAAUCGCGGAGUGAGCCAUGCCUCACCCCGGGUCAGUGAGAUGGUGCAAGAGGGCCUAAGGGUGGUAUUCCACGUGUCCAAUUUCUUUAUCCAAUGUCAUUGCGUCUCACUCUCUCACUAAGCAAAAUGUAAGACGCAAAACACAUUGGACAGGUGGAAUACCGCCCUAAGCAACAUGCUACAAUAUAGACUAUCUGGAUCUGGUUGUAAUACUAUUAAAGUUCGUUAACUUAAUUCAUCUUUUCAGUUCUCUGUUUGAAUGAGGCGGUUAUUCACAAUUUCUUUUUUAAGCGCUUAUGACGUUAUUCAUUUGUCUUUAUCUGACAUUUUGACUUAUGUAUUUGUAAGAAAGGGAUAAAACAUAAUUUACCUAAAUCAGGCCCGUAAAGUUUUAUGAAUAAUAACAUCCUGGAAGUAAGGAAUUAGGAAGGAAUGAAUAUGAUGACAAGAGAUUUUGUUUUAUCUUAUCUUACUGUCGGGCAGUAGAGAAUGUAUAAGUUUACUAUAAGUGACGAAUAAACUUAAGUUUCAUAAUU